GCCCAAGAACUUCACCUCACACUGAAGGAACCUACACUUCAGCCGCAGUCUCACCAAUGCCGCCAAAGCCUUUGGAACACCUCAUCUAAAUGCUGCAGUUGAGAAGAGAAGACAGCGGCUUAGCAGGGAAGUCUGUUACUGGGUCUGUUGUUUCUCCGGUUUAUCUGUAGGCUCGUUUGAUCCAGGUGAUGAGUGUGAUUGCAGUCCUGUCUGUGAAUAUGGUGACAGCCAACAUGUUACUGAGUGUCUUCUUUCUUUCAGGUGCUUUUGCUGAUUGUCCUCCACACACAAACCUCUUCAUUACUGCACCAAAGAAGAUGGAACCACUGAGUGGAUCUUGUUUGCAAAUCCCAUGUAACUUUAGAGCUAAACAAGAACAAGAUUAUGACAGCAGCAGAGAAACCUUUGGAGUGUGGAUUAAAACUGACCACAGAUUUGGCAAUAAUCCAAACAAUGUGAUUUUCAACAGUAGUAAGACAGUUAACACGUAUCCAAUGAGUAUUACUGGAAACCUGAGUCAGAAAAACUGCACCACUCUGUUUUCCAGUUUAAUCACAAAUUAUACAGACACAUACUACUUCAGAAUUGAGACUAAACCAUUCAGAGCAACAGCUGAAUGUGAUCCUCUUCAAAUAACAGUUAAAGAUUCUCCUCCAAGCCCCAGAAUUGAGAUCUCAGGUGAUCUGAAGGAGAAGCAGUCUGUCACUAUAACCUGCUCAGCUUUCACUCCCUGCCCACACUCCCCUCCUAAACUCACCUGGAAUCUCCAACAAGACUCUCACAACCAAAUAGAGGAAAACACAGAUGGAACCUUCACAACUAAAAUCCAGGAGAGCAUCACUCUGUCAGACCAACAUGAUGGAUACAACAUCACCUGUUCUGUCAGAUAUCCUGUGAAUGAAGGAAAAGAUAACAAGACAGCAGAGGAGAGAAAGACUCUCAGUGUAUCAUAUGCUCCUAAAGACACCUCAGUGUCCAUCAGUCCAUCAGGUUUGGUGUCAGCAGGUAGCUGGGUGAACCUGACCUGCUCCAGCAGAGCCAAGCCUCCCGUCAGCCGUUUCACCUGGUUCAAGAACAGCAAAGAUGGACCCAUGAUUGUAUCUGAAGGACAGUUUUACAGCUUCAAUGUGACAGAUGGAGGAGUUUAUUACUGUGUGGCAAUGAAUGAUUUUGGUAAUCAGUCGUCAUCAUGGAUUCAUUUAAACAGUGCAGCGGUGAUGUCACGCACUCUGGCAGUUGAAGAUUCUCGCAAUACACACCCAUUCAUUUUUUGGACCGGUUUUUGGCGAUUUAUCGGUAAACUGUUUAGCACUAAUGUCCUCACCGAGCCACACGUUUUGAUACCUUUUUUGUGUAUGUGCGACCAAAACUGCGGGAGGAGUAGCGCGCCGAAAAAAGUCUCCUCUCUACAAUGGGGUUUAGCUGUGAGAGGGAUCAUUGUUGUCAUUCUCAUCUGCACUGCUCUCUGUGUUUGGUGGUUUAAGUGGAAACAUCAAACUCCACAACAGACUCAGAGUCAAAGAGGUGAAGAGCUUUCUCUUCAAAUGCCAGUCAGCACAAAUUAAGAAAACAUCCAUUAUGGAGAGAUUGACUUUUCGAAGAGGAGACCUGAACCGUCCUCUGACUCAGUGCAGGACAGUGGACAGCAACAUGAUUCGCUGUAUGCACAGGUCAAAGUGUCUGAGCCAUCAAACAGAUUA